AUGGCUCCUGUUGGCUACAGUCAGCUUCCAGGUCCCCCUGGUCCCACAGGUGAGAGAAAAUCUCCUGGGAAACCUGGUAACCUGCCGGACCAAUGGGACUUCCUGGAUCUGCUGGUGCCCCUGGACCCCGUGGAUUUCCUGUACUCCCUAUGCCACCUGGACCCCCUGUACCCGCUGGACCCCCUGGACCUCUUGGACUCCGUGGAUUCCCUGGACCUGUCGGACCUCCUGGACCUCCUGGACCUGCUGGACCUCCUGGGAUAUGUGGACGAGGACCUUGAAGCCUUCAAGAAAAGCUUUUCUAAGUUGGAUCUGGCUGUAAAGAACAACUUUGUCAGGAAAGUUGGUCAGAAGUACUUCGUGUCAAACAAGGAGAGAGGCUCUUUCUCCCGGGCCAUCGAGUUCUGCUCCCAACAAGACUUAGAGCUGGCUUUGCCCCAGAACGAGGAGGAGAACAGUGCACUGACUCAGUUGUUUGGUGAAGUGGACAAAAUGGUCUGGAUCAAUGUCAACAAUAAAAAAGCAGAGGGUAAUUUUGAGACAGAUGUGAACCAUCCCCUGACCUUCACCAAAUGGGGUGAAGGGCAGCCAAACAAAUCUGUCGGGGAUACAGGCUGCACCAUGCUGUCAGAAAACGGUGUCUGGCGAGUGUCACAAGAUUGCUCUGUGAAUGCUUACAUCAUUUGUCAGAUAUAAAAAUAUAUUGUAUCCCUUGCAAGUCUUGCUUUAAUGGAC